UUCGGCGUCUAUCGCUAGCUAGCUAGUUAGUUAGCUAGCUUUUUUCUGUACCAUCUGAAUUUUGCCGCAAAGCAAACGGAAUCGGUCCCAUUUUGAAACGUAGCCUACAUCCAAUGAGCAAGAGCAGAGACAACGAUGCUGCUCGGCGUUGUCACCAACACAUAUCCGGCUAGUUAGCUUGGUGGUCAGUCAUGACAGGGGAGAAGAUCCGCACCAUGCGAAAGGACCACAACAAACCCAACAAAAAUGAAGAUAUAAUGGACACUUACGAUGAGUCUUCAAACGGGACGAUCCCCAACGGCACCAGCAACACUUUCAGAUCAAACAAGGCUUUUCAGAAAUCAAUAAAACCCCUGGCGCUGCAGCAGCAACAGCUGUCCAACAACAUCAAUGCAAACAACCUCAACGCCAACUCGUCAGUGGGCACCAUUGUCGACGACAACAACAAGAACCCAAUAAUUUUGACUAAUGAGAACCUGGAGUUCCCCGUGCAUGAGUGCGUGUUCAAGGGCGACGUGCGGCGGCUGUCCUCUCUCAUCAGGACCCACAGCAUCUCUCAGAAGGAUGUGCACGGAAACACACCUCUUCACCUAGCUGUGAUGCUGGGCCACAAAGAAUGUGCCCUCCUGCUUCUGGCCCAUAAUGCACCUGUAAAGAUAAAGAAUGCGCAAGGCUGGAGUCCUCUAGCAGAAGCCAUCAGCUAUGGUGACAGGCAAAUGAUCACAGCAAUACUGCGGAAGUUAAAGCAGCAGUCCAGAGAGAGUGUGGCGGACAAGAGACCCAAACUGCUCAAGGCUCUCAGGGAGCUUGGUGACUUUUAUCUGGAGCUUCACUGGGAUUUUCAGAGCUGGGUGCCUUUGUUGUCACGGAUGCUGCCAUCUGAUGCUUGUAAGAUCUACAAGCAGGGAAUCAAUAUCAGACUCGACACCACUCUGAUAGACUUCACCGACAUGAAGUGUCAGCGCGGAGAUCUUAGCUUCAUUUUCAGUGGAGAUGCUACACCCUCCCAGUCUUUUGUGGUCCUGGAUAAUGAGGCCAAAGUGUACCAAAGAAUACACCACGAGGAGUCCGAGAUGGAGACUGAAGAAGAGGUGGAUAUCCUGAUGAGCAGUGACGUCUACUCCGCCACGCUGUCCACCAAGUCCAUCACUUUCUCCCGCAGUCAGAUCGGCUGGCUCUUCAGAGAGGACAAAACUGAGCGGGUCGGGAACUUCCUGGCUGACUUCUAUGCAGUGAACGGUCUGGUGCUGGAGUCCCGGAAGCGGCGGGAGCACCUCAGUGAAGAGGACAUCUUGAGGAACAAAGCCAUCAUGGAGAGCUUGAGUAAAGGAGGCAGUAUCAGCGAGCAGAAUUUUGAGCCUGUAAGGAGGCAGUCCCUCACAGCCCCAGCCCCCAACACCAUUUCCUGGGAAGAAUACAUCAAUGCAGAGCAUGGAAAGCCACCUCAUCUUGGAAGAGAGCUUGUGUGCAAGGAAAGCAAGAAGAACUUCAAAGCUACUGUAGCCAUGAGCCAGGAUUUCCCUCUAGGCAUCGAGUCGUUACUAAAUGUUUUGGAGGUCAUCGCUCCUUUCAAACACUUCAACAAACUCAGAGAAUUUGUUCAAAUGAAGCUUCCACCUGGCUUUCCAGUUAAACUCGACAUCCCAGUCUUCCCCACUAUCACAGCAACUGUCACAUUUCAGGAAUUCCGCUACGACGAAUUCGAAGAGUCAAUUUUCUCCAUACCAGCCGAAUACAAAGAAGAUCCCAGCCGCUUCCCUGACCUCUGACCUAGCUAGCAUAUUGUAAACGCUUUGAAGUCCCAGCUGCAUAGAACUGACAGAGAUUUACUCUGUGUGAGGAAACGACCAGCUAAUAAGUUUAAAAAAAAAAAGAAAGAAAGAAAGAAAAAGGAAUCCAGUGUUGUUUUAACUCUAUAUAUGUGGUCUGCUAAAAAGGGAACUGAUCUCCUGACCAGUCGUUCAUUUUGUAGAUGAUACAAAGCAAAUCAAUGCAAACAAAUGUUACAGCGCACCGCAACCAUAUUUUAUGAAAUAAUUAUAUCUUUGCUUGCUGUUCAGGAGCUGAACAGCUCAUCCACCGCUUCGUGAAGCUGUCUUCUCCUGGGAAAGUUGUCAGAGAGGUUGCAGCUCGGACUCUUUUUUUGUUUUUUGUUUGUUUGUUUGUUUGUUUGUUUUGUUUUAUCAACUACAUCUAGUCAACCCCUUGCUCUCUGAGGACUGACCAGUGUUUUUUCUCAUUGCACCACAGUUCUCUCCAAACUGCACUGACACGUCAUUUGUAAAUAAUUCACUAUAACUGACAAAAUAAGAAAUGUCUGAAAUAUAGUUAUAUCAUGGAACUGAACUCAAUAUUCAUGUCUAAAUGAUGUACAAUAUACACUCAAAGGAGUAACACUGUGUAGCAAUACAUUUCCAGUACUUAAGAAUGUUUUUUAACCAGCUGGGAGAAAGUUUGGCCUAAAACUACAUUCUUACAGUUCGAUAACCAAGCCUUUUUCCAGUACAGGAUGUAGAGUCCUGUAUUUUCAGGUUAGCUCACAUUACCUCCUGGCUGUCUCCCAUUUGUGUGUCAUGACGGUAUGAAUUAUGUGUUGUGUGUGAGCGAGUAAUUGUACUGUAUCAAGGGUUGUUUGUAUGUUUGUGUGUGAAAGAGAGAGUGUAAACCCAGACGGGGUAUCAGGAAAAAUGUUCUACUUUAAUACUGCACUGAUAUUAAGUAUAUUUAACGCAUGCUAUAGCUAUAUUGGCCAGUUGGGUCAUCUAUAUAUCUAUACCCAAAACAUGUUAUAUAUCUGCAGACAUCUUGCUAUCUACACUGCAAAGGAAAAGAAACUGAAAAUUGUAACGCUAACAUUUUCAAAUACUUUUUACUGCUUUCAAGAUCUCUCCUCAACAGUAGUCUGUAUAUUGUUUCUCAUUUUACAGUUUGUUUUUCCUUUUUUUCUCUCUCUCUUUUGAACCGAGGAGUAAUUAAGCUGUGAAGUUGAUAUCGCAGGAUAUCUCAAAACUGUCAAGAUGGGAAAUAAUUUGACCUCUUGAGAUGUAUCAUGAUGGGAAAUAAUUUGACCCCUUGAGAGUCUCUGGCUUCAGCUACUAUGUAUUGCAAGUUUACCUACUUGACAUCCCUUUAAAUAAAGCACCAGCACCAUG